UAUAAACAUAUAAAUUUAAAUUAAGAAAAACUAACAUUGGAAAAAUAAAAAAUUAAUGUAAAAGAAAAAAACCGACAAAUAAUAUUAUAAAUAAAAUAAAUUUAUAAGACACAAUCCGCGCGAAGCGCGGAAAAAAUCUCUAGUCCCACUAUAUAAAAGGUACUAAUUUAGAGCUCAAUUAGAGGUGCCACAUAGGAUGAAAUAUUCUCAUCCAAUCAUAGGAUUAAAUUUUUUAAAAGCACUAUUACUAAAAAAAUAUGUAUGAACUUUACAAUAAAUAAUACAUAUAUGAACUCGAAAAUCUAUAGUGGUAAAAAUCCCUAUUUAUUUUACUAAUUCAAGUCAAUACUAUUAAGUUAGGAACAUGUUCAGUUAAUAAAGUUUGUGUCCAACUUAAAGAAAUCUAAUUAUAUUUAGAAACUACAUUUAUAUUCUAUAUAUUUUGUAACCCCUGCAAAUAUAUAUUUUUAAAUUAGUCUAAAAUAUGCCAAAAUUUUUAACUCUUAUCUAAUGCAUAAAAAUAUAAAGAUGACUAAUGCAUAAAAAUAUAAAGAUGAUGUUGUGAGAUAAGAAUGUACACACAAAAUUUCAAAUAAAAGAAUUGACAAAUUAUAUAAUUUUUUUUAAAAUAUUUUAUAUAUAACUUAAUAAUAUAAAUCAUAAUCAAAAUACUAUUCGUAUCACAUUUUUUAUUAACCAAAAAAACUCGUGCUUUCGAAGCGCGGAUCAAAAUGUAGACUAAUAUAGCUCCUAAUAUUUAUUUAAAAAUUAAAUUUCUCAAAAAAAAAUAGAUUAAAGACACCAAUCAAGUAUGUUUAAAAAAAUAUAGUGGUUUGUUCUUGCACCAGAAUCUUGGUUAUGCAAUUCAAAACCUAUUAUGUUGUUUUGUUACUUUUCUCCUUAAAACAGAGACAAAGAGUAAUGAACAAAGACAAAUUAUGAACUCUUAUUAUCGGAUUGUUUGUUUCUUUUUAUUUUCUCUCGCUUCAAUUUGAUGACUGUAACUAAUUAUUUCAAUUCACACAAGACUUUCAAAUUUUAAACGUAUCACAUUAAAUAUAAAAAUCUUCAACAGAUUAUAAUAUCUAAAUGUUCUUCUCGAUAGACAAUAAUAUCAGAAAGGCAAGUAGCACAUCUCCUGCCACAAUCACCGGCUGCACUGAAAGUUCAAAAAAAUCUUUUGUCUCAUCAAUACAAAUCAACAAAAUAUACGAAUAAAUUCAGUAACAUUGCAUAUUUGAUACAAACCGGUUAACAACCUCAGCUCCACAUAACAUUCACAUCAUCUUCCACUAAGAAAUUUGCAACGAGAAGAAAGGCGGAGACAACUAUUACGUGUAAGUUACCCGAUCAUUGGAUUUCCACAUUUCAAGAUCUCUCUCUUUCGCUGACUCAUUUUCUAAUUCUUUCUUUCGUCAAAGGGUCAUUUUCCUCAACACGAUGGUCAAAUCAAACCACAAUGAUCCUCAACCUGCUGGAGGUAAUUCAAAAUUACGACUUUACUGUGCGUUUAUAGACUUCUCGAACACAUACGAACCCAAUCACCCCUCUCUGGAAUCCAAGAAAUCAUUUGUCCAAAAUCCGGACAGAACAUCUUAACUAUUAAGUGCAAAAUCAAGCGUAGAGAUCGUUUGAUUUGGUAUGUUAUACUACGAAAGUAACACAACAAAACCUUAGUAUUAAAUUCUCGAUCAAUUUAUCUGAUUUUUUAGUUCAUAAGUUUUUUUCAAGGGGCCCUUUUUCAAUGUAAUUCAUAAAAUUUCCAAUUAGUUUAUUAAUAGAAGACCUAAACACACUUUUAAAAGAUUAUUUCCAAAUUCAAAACACCAUAAUGCUAAACAAUAUCUCAAUUACGAAGAACUUUUACCUAUUUUUAAUUUUCAACACGUUAAUUUAAUUUCUAUUACUACAGAAAACCACUAUACACAACCAAAAACAUCAACUCCUCUCUACUUUUACAUCUCUAUCGAUUGACUUCCAACUUCAUUCGAAUAAACAAAUGAACAAUCAAUCUUAAAAAACUCAAUGUCAUAUAUUCUUUCUUAUAAUUACUUUACAUCUAUUUUAACAACAACCAAAAACAGCCACAACUAUGGUCAUACAAAUUUUAACUUCACCCAAUAUCCGCGCGUAGCGCGGACACGAUCCUAGUAUAUACAAUACUAAAAGCUGAAUAUAAUCAACAGAGAAGCUAUCCACGUAGGACUAAAUAAUCGACCAAUAGAAAGUUUGCUUUUUGCCACAUCAGCACAGAUCUUGGAUAUUGUUGGGCUUCUCUUUAUAUUUUUGAUCUGUUUUGUUUGAUGUGUCUAGCCCACGAAACCUAAUCUGAGAAGCUGAGAAACCAAACGAUGAAUCCCUUCGCUUCCAUGUUGUUCUUUGUCUCUAUUUCUAUAGACGACAGCUGAAACCGAUCUCCGCCAAAGUAAAAUCAGUGUCUCUCUUAAGCUAUGAAGAUUUUGGGUUGUGGUUUGCCCAUCUUGAAGGAAUCAAACAAACAGUUAAGAUUUUUAUUUUUAACUUUCGAUUCCUUAUUCUGUCAUCAUGAUCUAAGAAUUGAUCCGUAUUUCCUACAAUGUUACCGUAGGCUGCCACGACGAUGCUUGACAACUCAUCCUCCUAAUGUCGUCUCCGCUUGCUUUCUCCGGCAACUACUACUCACUGAUUCAACAGCCGGUGUAUCAGCGAGUUCGCCAAUCUUUGUCUCAUUGAUCUUGGAUGUGGUCCUCUCAGAGAUUUUUAACCCCAAAUCGACCUCAAACGUUGACAGACAUCCAUGGCGAGCACCAAAUUCCAGCCAAUCAUAUCUACGUUUCCUUGGAUCUUCUAUGUUUCAUCUAUAUGUUAAUCCAGAUGGGCUAUUUGUGCAUAAAGAGAUGAGGAUUGAAGAACUACUUAAUGUGAGUCAUGAAGGAACUGAUUUUUCUAUUACAAGGUGGCAUGCUCUAUACCAGGGUUUCAAUCUCAAUCAAGUUUCAUUCGCCACUGAAGGACUGAAAGAUGCUCAACAACCUAAUAUGGAUUUGAUGGGCGUGAGUUCUAAAAUACAAGAAAAACUUGGUAGUAGCAAUGAUUUUCCUGAUGACCUUCAUGAUGAUUAUUGCAUGAGCCUGAGGCUCUUGAAGCUGACAUGGGAAACGAGUCCAAAGUGGAUGGAGUGCCUUUUUCUCUCCAACGCGAUAAUCAAACUGAUUACGAUGAAGACCUUAUCUUGCCCCAGAACCAAUAGGGCAGACUGGAGCUCAACCUGCUCGAGUUCAUGUUAUAGUGUUUAGACCCUUUUCCUUUUAUCGAACUUAAAAUGCUUUAAAGCAUGAUUUAGCUCUUUAUGGAUGCCUAAAGGUAGAUUUAAAUUUGUGAUUAACAGGCUGAGGAUGAGCUUGGAUUACCGGCAGUACAAAGCUACUCACUGGGGAAUAGAUCUUACGCUCUCUUUGUGGGGUAGAGCUGCUAAGAUCUUCUUUUUUUGACAAAAGCUGGUAAGAUCUUUACACCAUUGUAAUGAUUUUGUGGAUAAAGUUCUGGCAAUAUAUCUAUGGAAUGGGAACCUUUUGGUGCAUUUUACUUACCUGAUUCUUUUAAAAGAAAUUUUGGUUUUUUUUGACCAAAAUUGGUUUACACAUGUCGAGUUUGGUAGAAGUUCAAUGCUGCUGCAACUGUUGCUUUGGACGAUGAAUCUGUUAUAUGCUGGAAAGUCCUAUUAUAUCAAUCCCCUUCUCUAUAUAUCUGUUUAUAAAAGAAAUGUGGUUUGACCGUUUUGAGUUAUCGAAUUUAUUUUUGUUUCAAAAAGUUAUUGAAUAUAUUAAAGAGAAUAUUUAGACAAUACUAAAAAGGUGAAAUAUAUUUCUGAACAUGAUAUAUCUAAUUCUAAACAUAAUGAAUUUAGGGUGAAGAUAUUAAUUUAGUAAAAGCUAAUCUCUGCCAGUUUGAUUUUUCUUUUCAAAAUUGGCAUGAUUAAAUAUGAAAAUAUAUUAAUUUAUAUUAUUUUCUGAUAAAGUCUAAAUGAUAAUUAAUCUUAUAUCAUAUCUAAAAAUAAAUUGAUCAUAUUAAUAAAUUUUCAAUCUAUCUAAUUUUAUAACAUCAGUUUUUUAUAAAAAAAUAAAAAAUUAAUAAAAACUAAUAAUAGUUCACCAUAUACAAAAGGUUUAAAAAUACGUAAAGAAAAUUCAUAAAUGCAAACAAAAAUUAAGUUUUAUUUCGCGCCACACAAAAACAAAAAAAAAUAGAAAAUAAAAAAAUGAAUUUUAUAAAAUAAAAAAUUGGCUUAUCAAAUUAAAACUGAAGGAAAUGAUAAAUAAUCAAAUCAAGAAUACUCAACUAUUAGGGGCUUAUUUACUAAAUUUUAAUUGAGCUUUUCGAAACCGAAGAUCCUAGAGAAAGAGAUUACUUGAAAACCAUUCUCCAUAGGAUCUACGGGAAGUUUAUGGUUCACAGACCUUUUAUUAGGAAAGGGAUUAACAAUAUCUUCUAUAGGUUUGUUUACGAGACGGAGAGACACCGUGGGAUUGGUGAGCUUCUGGAGAUUAUGGGGAGUAUUAUAAACGUUUUCGCCUUGCCGAUGAAGGAGGAGCAUAAGCUGUUUUUGAUCAGGGCGUUGAUACUGUUGCAUAAGCCUAAACCUAUUGGUGUGUACCAUCAGCAGUUGGCUUACUGUGUUGUUCAGUUUGUGGAGAAGGAUUACCGGCUUGCGGAUACGGUGAUUAGAGGGUUGUUGAAGUUUUGGCCGGUGACGAAUUGUACAAAGGAGGUUUUGUUUCUUGGUGAGCUUGAAGAGGUUCUUGAGGCUAUGCAGCCCGUUAAGUUUCAGAGGUGUAUGGUUCCUUUGUUUUAACGGGUUGCGCGGUGUCUUAAUAGCUCUCAUUUUCAGGUUAGUACUUUGCAUAUUGAGGCGAAGAUCUUGGCAAAACCUUUAGAGUCUGGAACCUUUGUUAUUCAGCUUCUUAAAGACAUGUGUUGUGUGUUGAUUGUCUGUUUCUAGGAUUUUUUUAAUAUUUUUAUUUACCUUGCUCACAUAUAUAACUCACCAUUGCGAUGCAGGUUGCAGAGCGGUCUCUGUUCUUGUGGAACAGCGAGCACAUUGUGGUUCUAAUAGCUCAGAACAGAAGUGUAAUACUUCCCAUCAUAUUUGCUUCCCUGGAGAAGAACACAGAGUCUCACUGGAACCAAGCGGUUCAUGGUCUAAGCAAGAAUAUAAAGAGAAUGUUCAUGGAGAUGGACCCUGAGCUCUUUGAAGAAUGCCAGCAAGAGUAUGAAGAGAAACAAGCGAGAUCGAAAGAAGUGGAAGAGCAGCGACAAAGUAGGUGGAGGAGAUUAGAUGAAGCAGUGGAAGAGCGUGAAAGAGUAGUAGGAGAAGAGGAUCAUAUGAUCACUUCUUAGAAAAAUACCAAAUCACUUUCUCUUGAUCUAUCUAAUCAUAUAACAAUGAUUUAAUAUAUUUUUUUACUUAUUAUAACUUUGGCUGUCUAUAACGGUAAGUACAUUUUUGUAGUGCUAAUUCUUAUUACCUAAUAAAAUAUGAAUUUAUGUU